AUGGAACCACUCAGUGCUGUGGCCAGCAUCAUCGCGGUUCUCCAGCUCUCAGCCAAGGUCCUCACGUAUUUGAACGACGUGAAAGAUGCCCCGAGAGACCGCACACAGUGCGCUGUCGAGAUUUUAAACCUUUGCAGCCUGCUUUACAAACUAAGAGAUCACGUUGAAAAGGGGGAUCCUAUGCAGCCAUGGUACACAGCCGUCCAAGGCCUUGCAGUCAAGAACGGGCCGCUCGACCAGUUCAAGCAAGCGCUGGAGACGCUGCAGACUAAGAUGACAGACGGAGGUCGGCUGAAGAAGGCCGGAGAAGCGCUAGUGUGGAAGUUCAAGAAGGAGGAGGUUGCCAGAAUACUCGAUCGAAUAGAGCGUUUAAAGUCGCUAGUAGAGAUCGCAUUACAGAUGGACCACUUAAGGAAACUCUCCCAAGCUAUCAAAGACGACACAAGCUUCGUUCGGACGCAAAUACCCAUUAUCCGGUCUGGAGUAGACGAGAUCCGGCAAGAUCAAGACUCCGUGAGACACCGCAAGCUUCUGGAAUGGAUCUCGCCCACAGAUUACCCCGCUCAGCAAUCCGACAUUAUAAAGCGUAGACAGGAAGGGACAGGCCAGUGGUUUCUGGACGCGCCUGAGAUGACAAGGUGGCUUAGUGAAGCUAGGGGAACCCUCUUCUGCCCAGGGAUCCCUGGAGCCGGCAAGACCAUGGUAGCGGCCAUCGCCAUCGAUCACCUGUUGAAGUCGGUGCAGGAUAACUCACAUGGAGUCGCUUACGUGUACUACAACUACAAAGCCCAGGAGGAGCAGGAUGCUUCCACUAUGCUGGCAGCCAUCCUCAAGCAGCUAGUUCAGGCUCAACCGUCGAUGCUAGAUCCUGUGGAACGGUUGCACAAUCGGCAUGCCAACCGAGGAACUAGGCCAUCGCUUGAGGAGGUGUUUGGCACUCUCCGAGAUGUGCUUGCGCGUUAUCCUACCGUCCACAUUGUAAUCGAUGCUCUGGAUGAGUGUCAAAAGAGCAGUCGCAGCCAGUUUCUGGACAAACUUCGAGAUCUACGGACGGGACGAGAUAUUCGCCUAAUGGCAACGUCGCGUAUUAUACCAGAGAUUGUGGAUGAAUUUAGCGACGCGCUGAGAGUGGAGGUGCAAGCCAGUAAGGACGACGUGAAGCGCUUCGUGGCCGGCCAGACAGACCGACUGCCUAAAUGCAUUCAGCGCGACCCUGAGCUACAGGGCAUGGUGCAAGAAAAGAUCGUGGAGGCAGUGGGCGGCAUGUAA